GAGAGAGAGAGACAGAGAGAGAGAGACAGAGAGAGAGAGAUUCAUUGCUUUCUUGAGGCAAUUAAAAGUGAGUGAAUGAUUGACCGUGAUAAUAAAUGUAGUAAUAAUGUAUUAUAAUUACUACAUUUUAUUAUUAUAAAUUAUAAAUGAUUUUUAUAAGGAUUCGGGUUUGAUAAAUGUUUAACUUGUGCAUGACACAGAGGAUUCUCUAAAUAACUUAUAAAUAUGAAACGUUAAUGCACUUCCUGAACUUCACGAUGUAUUUUACACACUUUUGUUUGUAAAGUGCUUUUCAUUCACAAAGAAGAGAUCCAUUCAAAGUUGAUUUGGAAAUCGAGCAGAAUAAACCAGCUAAAAAUGAUAAAGACGGGAAAACGACUAAAUAAGUCUUAUUUGCAUACAGUGGUUUCAGUUCACAUGAAUCUGAACAUGAGAAAACAGGUUUCACCCUCGCACACAACAACUGAAGAAGAGGGGAUUAGAUGUAGUCACACUGGGGCGGAUUAUUGACCUGUCUGCACCUGCACAGGUGUUGUCACGCUUGUUGUAGUUUGUGUCAGAGAGUUUUAACUUAAUCGUUAACAGUAAUUACAGAAAUGCAACGUCUUAGUUUAGACAGCAAUAAAAAAGAAAGAAAGAUAGUUUUGUAACAGUAACAGUUGUUGAGCUGCGUAUUAGAGGACGUCAGUGUAGUGCAAAUGUAUAAUGUUAUAAUUAAAUAAAAUAGUCUCAGUCUUGACUCCGUCCCGAGGAUCAGCAUUAAAGUGAUUUAGAACCUUCAGCUGUGUCAUGUGACGUGUUUCUGCCGACUAACCUGCAGCCAACAAAGAGAGCAGGUUGCACUGCAGGUGGCUGGAGGCGGGGUUUGCUCAAAGAUCAUUUGCAUAUGUUAGCAGGAAACACAAGAGUGGCUGUAGCUCGAGGCAGCGACAGGCGUCACAACCUGUUCCCUUGCACUCUCGUCUCUCCUGAGCUGUGAGCUGAACCUGAAAGUGCAGCGAUGCCUCCUCCCGGUGUGUGUCUGAACAUCAUGGAGGCUCGUCACAAGAAAAGUGGAAUCGGGAGCUCGAGCCACCCUGAGAGUUUUUUUAACCAGGACUACGAGCAGCUGAAACGUUUCUGUCUCACAAGAAAAGUCAAGUACAUCGAUGAGCUGUUCCCACCUGUCACCUGGUCCAUCGGCAUGGGAUUGCUGCGCCCUGACGAUCUGUCCAAAGUGCAGUGGUUAAGACCGUGGGAUAUUUCUUCCAAUCCCUCCGUUGUACUUGAUGGGAUCUCCAGGUUUGACUUUGAACAAGGAUUAGUUGGAAACUGUUGGUUUCUCGCAUCGAUCGGAGCUCUGACUCUCCAAAGUCAAGUCCUCAUGCAAGUGAUGCCUCCAGGGCAAACAUUUCAUGAGGACUACUGUGGGCUGUUUCACUUCAGGUUCUGGAGGUUUGGGAUGUGGGUGGACGUCGUCAUUGAUGACAAACUUCCAACAAUAAAUGGCCGACUAAUCUUCGUCCACUCCAAAGACCCAAAUGAGUUCUGGCCAGCUUUGUUGGAGAAAGCCUACGCCAAGGUUUGUGGUUCCUAUGCCGACAUGAGAGCUGGGACUCCAGCAGAGGCUAUGAUGGACUUCACUGGUGGUGUCCUCAUGCACAUCGACCUGUCGGAUCCUCCAGCAAACAUGUGGGACCUGAUGUUCAGGGCGGGACAGACCACUUCACUGAUGAGCUGUGGGACACAUCCGGGGGAGACGUCUGACAACACUGUGCUCAGAAAUGGAUUGGUCCAAGGCCAUGCGUACACUGUGACGGGUCUCAAACAGUUAACCAGUGGAGGGAAACUUGUCCACCUGGUGCGUUUGUGGAACCCCUGGGGAAAAGGAGAGUGGAAUGGAGACUGGAGCGACAUGUCCUCACUGUGGCUCACUGUCAACGCUGAGGACCGUCACAUGUGCCACUCAGUGCGAGAUGAUGGAGAAUUCUGGAUGACCCUGCAAGAGGUCUGUAAAUUCUACAGUGAUCUGAGCAUCUGCUGCCUCACUCCAAACUUCCUCGAUGGAAACUCUUCUUGUCACUGGACGGCCUCCGUGCUCGAGGGCCGAUGGGUUUCAGGAAUCACUGCUGGAGGAUGUCCACAAAACAAAGAAAGUUUCUGGACUAAUCCUCAGUAUCGGGUCAGGAUCGAUGGUCCGCAUUCAGAGAAAGACGGUGAGAAGAACACGCUGCUGUCUCUCAUGCAAAAACCCGACAAGCAGAACCGGCACCUGGUCCAGAACCUCCACAUCGGAUUAUCUGUAUUUGAAGUGCCUGAACAAUACAGGACACACAGAGGGAAGUUCCCGGCCACGUUCUUCAGCACACACACUCCUGCUGCCCAAACCAAAACCUACCUGAACGCCCGGCAGGUGAUGGAGUCGCUCACCCUGAAGCCUGGAGAUUACCUGAUCGUUCCGUCCACCUACCGUCCCAACGAGACGUCCUCCUUCAUCCUGACCAUCCACUCCAAAAUUGACACCCACGGCUAUGAGAAUUCCAACGACUAUAAAAACGAACCAGUUCAGAAGUCUCCACUGGAGGAGCAAAGAGAGAAUCCACAGGACGACAAGAAGAAGACGACCCUCUUCCACAAGCACUCAGACAAGUAUGAGGAAGUGGACGCAGAGCAGCUCCAGAAGCUCCUGAAUGAAAACAUCUUGAAAGGAGAGCUGAAGUCUGGAGGCUUCAGCGUCAAUGACUGUCGCAGCAUGGUCGCUCUGAUGGACACGUCCAUCACUGGAAAACUCAACAGAGAGGAAUUUGUCUAUCUGUGGAACAAGGUUGUGAAGUACAAGAACAUUUUCUUCCUCACUGAUGUUUCCCGGACAGGAACGCUGUCACUGAGUGAACUGAGGAAGGCAUUUGAAGCUUCAGGAAAGAGGCUCAGCGAUGCCAUGCUGAAUCUGAUGGCUCUGCGCUACGGCACGUCCUCUGGACACAUAACACUGGAGAGCUUCAUCACUCUCAUCCUGCGCUUGGACUGCAUGUACAAAAUCUUCAAAAAACUGUCUGAUGGGAAAGCCAUGUCUCUCCAAGAGUCAGAGUGGAUUUACAUUUCCAUGUACACUUAACCUGACAAAGAAGAAGACGCCGUCGACAAUGAUCUCAAAAAACACUGUUUUAUUUUAGUGAACAGUGAACCUUUACAUUUACACCAGGAGCUCGUUAGACUGCUGUAUAUCUCAUAGAUCAUUUCGAUAACUUUGCUGCUAAAUGAAGAUUGCACAGAUUGUCUUGCAUGCUUUGAGGAGGAAUGACAGAAGUGAGUGAAAGAUAUUUAACUGUAAGGGUUCAUCAAUAAAAGCUGCAAAAAUCCUA